AUGGACGUGCUCACCGGCCUAGUGGAUACAGCGCUUGCCUCCACGCACAUGGACGCCAUCGAUGCCCUUCGAGCCUUCUUCAUCCUAGCAUCUUGUACGAUUUUGUCGGUCAGCUUGUUGCCGGACUCGUUGCACUCACGCUUCGUUGUUUAUGGCGCUCGUGCAACCUCAACCGACUCGAAGGCCUCCUCUUCCGCAGCGACCACAACAUCCUCUUCCUCGACCCCGUCAUCCCCAGCUCCGCGCGUCCUCGACUACCUUGCCUCCCUGAGAGUCCCUCACAGCUACUUCACGCAGUUCUAUGUCGCUUCCGCGGCAGCCUCGGUCUUCUGGGGCGUGCAGCUCCUCUACCGGGGCGCUGCGUUCCAGGCCUUCGCAACGAGGGUCAGCCCAGAGCAUCUGCAGAAGUCCAUGACGAUAAACCAGGUUCUGCUGUGUUGGACAUGCAUGUUUCUCCAGGGGGUUAGGCGGUUGUAUGAAUGCUUCGCGUUUUCUAGGCCCUCUGCAUCCCGGAUGUGGUUCGUUCACUGGCUCGUUGGCCUUGCUUUCUACCUGGGCAUGUCGGUUGCGGUCUGGGCGGAGGGAGCAGGAACACUCCUGACCCGUCCAAUUGUCCUCGACGAUGUGAAGGUCACCAUUGCCCCUUCACUACGCACAUUCGUAUUCCUUCCAGUCUUUUUGAUCGCAUCCGGCCUCCAACACGACGGUCACCACUAUCUCUUUUCUCUAGAAAAGUAUACACUUCCGACUCACCCCCUGUUCCAUCGGGUCGUCUGUCCGCAUUACACAGCAGAAUGCGUCAUCUACCUGUCUCUGGCUUUCAUGGCCGCCCCUCGCGGAGAACUCAUCAACAAGACAAUACUGGCCGCUCUGGCAUUCGUCACCAUCAAUCUUGGUCUGACAACGGCCAACACCCGGCGCUGGUACACGCAAAAGUUCGGCGAGGAUUCGAUGAAGGGAAAGUGGAACAUGAUCCCCGGGAUUUACUAA